GUUUGGUCCAGACUCGACUGAGCUAUGUACACGCAAUCUUCUCUUCCACUCGCCCAAGUCGGCGUGCCGUCGACGUCGUCAUUCUCGCCGGAGCCGGAACCAGGUAGCAUAGAAGACGCUCUGCUCCAAUUGAUCCAGGACCACCACCACAACUCCCUCAAGCUUCGCGAACGCACAGAUAGGGCGAAGAAGGACGCGAUCAAGAAGGCGGCGCGUGCUGCGGAGCUGAUGGUGGAGGCGGUGAACGGCGGCGUGCAAGAGUCGUUCGUAAACGAGAAGCGAAUCGAGCUUGAGAUUCGGGCUUUGGCGGCCACCAUUACCCGAUUCACCAAGCAAACGGAUCAGUGGCUCACCGUCACUCAUUCUAUGAACACUGCCAUCAAGGAAAUUGGGGACUUUGAGAAUUGGAUGAAGAUCAUGGAGUUUGAUUGUAAGAGCAUCACUGCAGCUAUACACAAUAUUCACCAAGCUUGAGACUUAAAAGAGUGUGAGCAAGUUGUUUCAGCCAUGUAAUUUCUGAUCAUCUUCUCUGUAUUUUGUAAAGCAUUUUCAAUCCUUGAACUAGAUGCAUUUUCAAUCCGUGUAUGAACGAUUAUAAUGGAAGUGAAAUUGUAUCAAUUCCUACGAUCCAA